AUGAGCUCCGACGACAACGCUGCUGCCUCCACGCCUGCGGUCAUCGCCACAGAACUGAAGCUACCAAAUUUUUGGCCGAAAAAUCCAAGAGUUUGGUUCAGCCAAGUGGAGGCCCGUUUUCAGCUCCGGCAUAUCACCUCGCAGUCGACAAAAUAUCUUCACGUCGUCGCAGCCCUGCCCCCCGAAAUCGCCGACGCUAUCGACGACAUUUUGGUUUCACCCCCCGCGCAAGAAGAAUAUGACACCCUCAAAAAGACGGUGCUGGACCGCCUCGAGGCGCCUGAAGAAAGCAGACUGCAGCAGCUCUUGUGUCGCGAAGAGCUGGGCGACCAACGACCUUCCCAACUGCUGCACCGUAUGCGGCAACUACUCGGUGUGCGCGCGCGUCAGGACGGCCAGCUCCCACUUCUUCGUGAACUUUUCCUGCAACGGCUCCCCCAGUCGGUGCGCGUGGUUCUCGCGGGUUCAAAUGAGACGUCCCUUGAUCAACUAGCGCAACUUGCCGAUCGCAUCACGGAAUACUCAACUCCAACCUUUGCGCCCAUGGCUGCUGCAAGAACACAUGAGCAACCAGAUCGACUGUCGCGCCUUGAGGAGAAACUGCAACACCUUACCGAGACCAUGCAGAAACUUGUGCUAUCUGGCGCUCCCCAACAGGACGAGCAACGACGCAACCGAUCCCCUUCAAGACACCCAAGCUCUUCCCAGAGAAGCCAUGCACGAGAUACACAGGACGGAUCGUUAACGGCGGCUUACGACAUCGGCCCUCCACCCAGCCGCCUGUUUUUCGUAGUCGACCGCGUAAGCAACUCCCGCCUGCUAGUCGACACGGGAGCCGAAAUCUCUAUUGUCCCGGCAACCCCCGAGGAUCGCCGACGUAGCAAGAACACAUCGUCGCUGCAGGCAGUGAACAACACUGCCAUCGCUACGUACGGCUUCCGCUCGCUGACAAUAGACGUCGGACUCAGGCGCCUGUUUCGCUGGGUCUUCGUGGUGGCGGAUGUUAAUUUCGCCAUACUCGGAGCAGAUUUUCUCAGCCACUUCAACCUGGAUGUGAGCGUACGUGACCGUUGCCUCAAGGAUAACAACACAUCCCUCAAAGUACGUGGUUUGGAGUCAAACAUCUGCUCAUCUGGCAUCUGCGCCUUCCAGCCAGUAUCAGCCUACCACCACGUCCUGGCCGAAUUCCCCUCGCUCACCAAGCCCCGCAACACGGAACAGCCGGUGAAACAUAACGUGACUCACCACAUCGUCACCACCGGGCCGCCAGUCACCGCCCGGCCACGACGGCUGUCCAGCAAAAGGCUUCAAGCUGCACGCAGGGAGUUCGAGCACAUGCUGCAGCUGGGAAUUGUUCGCCCUUCGUCUAGCAACCAUUCAUCGCCGCUACACAUGGUGCCUAAGGACGACGAUUGGCGCCCGUGUGGUGAUUACAGAGCCUUGAACGCAGCGACAACGCAGGACCAGUAUCCUCUGCCACACAUUCACGAUUUCAGCGCGCGGCUGGCAGGUACGAAAAUAUACAGCAAGAUCGACCUUGUAGCGGCAUACCACCAAAUCCCCGUCGAACCGCAGGACAUACCAAAAACAGCCAUAACAACUCCGUUCGGCCUGUUUGAGUUUGUCCGCAUGCCCUACGGCUUGAAAAAUGCCGCACAGACCUUUCAAAGGUUCAUGGAUGAAGUCACCCGGGGUCUUCCUUUCAUCUUUGUCUACCUGGAUGCCAUUUUGGUGGCCAGCAGAACGCCUGCGGAGCACGAAGAGCACCUCCGCCAGCUCUUUCAGCGUUUGGAUGAGCACGGUCUGGUGUUGAAACCUCAAAAGUGCGUGUUUGGAGUAGAGGCGCUCAACUUCCUCGGCCACCACAUCACUGCUGAGGGCAUUAUGCCAUUGAAAUCGAGGGUGGAAUCCGUCAAGAAGUUUCCAGCUCCAACAUCUUUUCGCAAGCUGAGGGAGUUCCUCGGGCUCUUAAACUUCCACGGCGCUUCAUUCCGUCUUGUGCUCGAGUGCUCCAGCCAUUGA